GGUUCUGUCCAGAGGGCCAGCCCUUCAUCUACUUGGAGACAAGCUGAGGACAGCCCGCAGCAGCUCAGGUCUAUACAGCAGUGGCCAACAGGAGCGUCACGAAAACACAUCUCUACCUGGUGAAAGCCGCAACAGACUUGAUGUCCCAACCUUGGAUGGAUUGCCUCACUUCGUUCUACACCAUGGACGCCUAUUGAUUCCCUUAACUCUGCUCCCUAAGUGCCACUGUGCAUUUUUUGGGUGGGGGGGGCAGAGGAAAGGUGGCAGGCGGUUAAUUAAGCAUCAGACUUGAUCACCACUUUCUUUGCUGGGUGGAUUCGGGCUCAAUUUCAGAAAGAAUAUAUUUUUGAGUAGCAAAAAAAAUCCUAAAUAAAGCAAUUCCAGUAUUUUUUUUAAAAAAACAAUAAGCACGUACUCGCAAGAUUCCUUUUUUUUUCCUCACUGGGAUUUUGGAAUGCUGGGCUCUGUCAAAAUGGAAUCGCACGACAUUUCCGAAUGGACUUCAUACUACAACGAACCCACGGAGGUAUUUCCUUCGGUGAGCACUAUGACGUCCAGCCUGGGGCCUAUGAACCCUAUUAAUUCCUACGUCACAUUGAACCCUCUCAGUUCCCCCAGCUCUAUGAACAUGACAUAUCCAAACAGUGGACUGAGUAGCCCGUCUCUCACUGGACUGACCAACGCCACCAGUUCCAUGGGCCUUCCGACAGUGGCAUCUCCUGUCAGUCCAGUAUUGACUCCGCUGGGAGCUCAGGCUCCCACUCUCAACUCUCUGUCACCUUAUCAAAAUGUCACCCAAUCAAUGGCCCCACUAGGCUACUCACCAUCAAGCAUGAACAGGCCCAAAGAGAUCAACAAGUCAUAUCGGCGCACACUGACCCAUGCCAAGCCUCCCUAUUCUUACAUCUCCCUCAUCACCAUGGCAAUCCAGCAAGCCCCAAGCAAGAUGCUGACCCUCAACGAGAUCUACCAGUGGAUCAUGGACCUCUUCCCCUACUAUCGUGAAAACCAGCAGCGCUGGCAGAACUCCAUCCGUCACUCCCUCUCCUUCAAUGAUUGUUUUGUCAAGGUGGCCCGUUCCCCAGACAAGCCCGGCAAAGGCUCCUACUGGGCCCUCCACCCAAAUUCAGGCAACAUGUUUGAGAAUGGCUGUUAUCUGAGGCGCCAGAAGCGUUUCAAAAUUGAGGACAAGGCCAAGAAGCCUAACUCCAAAGGUUCCAAUACGCAAGAGCAGGCCUCCAAGAUUCCAGAGGGUCUUCAGGAAGGCCAGAGCCCCAACACAGGCUCUGAAGGGGCAGAGUCAGGCCACUCAGAUACUUCCCAUGGCUCUGAGGAGCAAAGAGGUUUGGUCCAACUGGAUUGUUCCGGGGGGCAGGGCUCAUCCCCCGCUUCUGAAGCCUCCCCAGCCCCCAUCUCCCAGUCCAUGAAUAGCCACUAUUUUGCCACCUCCAUUACCAACCUGGAUCUUCCAAGUGAUCUCAAAAUGGACCCUCAGUUCAACUUCAACCACCCUUUUUCCAUCACCAACCUGAUGUCCACAGAGCAGAGCCACAAGAUUGACCUGAAGUCCUAUGAGCAGGCCAUGGCAUACAGUGGCUACAGCUCCCCACAUUCAGUGGAAAGCAAACACGCCUACGAGACAACCACCUCGCUCAGCGAGACUGGCUCCUACUAUCAGAACCUGUACAGCCGCUCCUUGCUCAACGCCUCAUAAGGCUGUCACCCUGUUGCAAUGCAAGAUAAGAGGAGGCCAAAGAGACAAAAGAAACUCAGCCUCAUGCCACAAUCACCAGUAAGUCCAUCAGCAAGAUGUUCCCUUCCAUUGCCAUCCAAUCACAUCAUGGCCAAUGGAAAGGAGAAAGAAGCCAGAGGCCCUGGUCUAUCCGACACCGAUGAACCAUACGCUUUCCAGACCUCAAGACCGAAAUUGCCUCAUAGUGGUCAAAGAGCUCCUUUGGAGGCCUUCCAUUUCAAUAGACUCACUUGCCCAUAAAUGACCAGGGAGAAGCAAGGAAGAACAAGUCCACACACCUUGCUGCUAUCAACCAAUGGCUAGUUGGGUAAAAGAGGCCAUGGAAUUCAGCUUUAUUUUAGCAUGGGUUCCCAAGGGCAAAUUCCAUCAUCUGAAAAUGAUGGACCCCUUUCUGAAUUUUACAGUAAGUAAAGAUGGUUGAAAUAUCCAGGAGUCAAGCUUUGGAUGUCCAUGAAUACAUGAAAACGAACAUAGGAAUGGAAAUUUGCAAUCUUCAGCAAGCUGGGGACCAUCCCUUGGCCCAGAACAUUUGACUUUCCUGUCUCAACAUAGAUGUUACAGUCAACGGUUGAACUUGUCUUGGGAUUCUCAAACCCACCCAUUUAGGUCAGAAUGAUACAUGGCUGGACUCCAUUGUUACACACACACAAAGGGGUUUUGUUACCCCCAAGACAAUUUAGGCCUCAGCCUGAACAGGAGCAGGGAAAAUAUAGUUGACCUUUUUUUAAAGUUGCUUUAUAUAUUUAAAUAUUUGUGCUUUCUGUUGGGAAAAGGGGUAAGAGUUGAUUUAAUAUAUCAUACUUUAGAGACAAUUCAGGGGGGUGUUUCAAGUUUGUGUGUCUCUCCUUUUUUUGUAUUAAUGAUAAUUAAAACAAAACGGUAUUCAGGGUUUUCUUUUCUCCCCCACCCCCCUUGGCAAGGACUUUAUAAAUCUGAUCUGUUGGCAUGGUCAGCAAAGAUUCCUAGUUCCCAACACUUAAGACCUCAAAAAUAUUUAUUUAUUUUUGCUAUAUAAUCCUCCCAGUCUUUCAGGGCUGAGGAUGUGAACAUGUGAAGCUGCCUUAUAUCAAGUCGGACUAUUGGUCCAUCUAGCUCACUAUCCGUCUACACUGACUGGCAGCAGCUCUCUUGGAUUUCAGACGGGGCUCUCUCAUAGCCCUACUCGGCAUUGCCAAGGACUGAACCUGGAACCUUCUGCAUGCAAAGCAGGUGCUCUGCCACUGAGCUACAGCCCUUCUGCAGGACAACAACCUCUCCAGAGGAGAAAUAGAGGAUAUAAAUUAAAAAAAUUAACCACCACUAUCAUGCCCAGAUACUCAGUAAGAUCUCUUCCCCUUCCUCCCCCCACUUUCCAACCACAAAUCUGAACUGGCAGCUCAAUCACAGUAUACAGUGAACAAAACAAAAAGACUACAGUCCAGAAAAAAUUAGACACAAUUAAGUUACAUUGAUAUCAAUGGAACUUAACCUAUUUUGGGGAUUGCAAUCUCUCUCUCUCAUCUGUAUCACUACCAAUAAACCAUGGCUUGUAUCUCCCUA